AUGGAGAAUGAAUUUUACAAUGCCUUUGCUAGUCCGAUGACUAUUACUCAAAAUGCUUGGGAACAUACUGAAGUUCAAUAUAGUAGACCAGUUGGGGAUAAUAGAGUGAAACUUCCAAUUAGGGAAUUGAGUGCUGAGGAGAAAAAGAAAUAUAAAGAUGAAAAAAUGAUGGUUAGUCUGUUGCAACAAGCUAUUAAAGAAGACAUCUUGAUUCUUCUUCAACACAAUGGAAGUGCACAUUCGAUAUGGACAGAAUUAGAAGCAAAGUUUCUUGGGAGUGAUGAAAUGCUAAAGAACAAAAAUUCGCUUAUGAAGAAAGAAUUUGAUUUAUUUAGAGGAUUAAGAAAUGAAAACACCAAGCAGAUCAUUGAAAGAUAUUGCAAUUUAUUGAAGAAUAUGAAUAGAUUAGGCAUCAAAAAGGAUAAUGAUGAAUUAGUUGAAAAAUUGGCUGAUGCGUUGCCACAUGAUCCGUAUCAACAAGAACAGCAACAAACUGCACAUGCUAGAAAGGUGAUUGAAGAUUCAAAGAAAGCUUGUUUGGUCAAUCAAGAUGAUGGAAGUUCAUCAAAAGGAUUCAGCUGGGAUAAAUUUAUUUCAGAAGAGAAAAAAAUCAGAAAACAUUUAAAUGCUGAAGCUGAGAAAAAGAAGAAAUAUGAAGAAGAAGAAAAGCAAAUGAGACAAGCUGAAGCUGAGAAAAAGAAAAAGGUUGAAGAAGAAAUUCAAGUGAGAAAAGUCAAAGAAGUUCCAGCGUUUGAAAUUAAAACAGAUGCUGAUGAGAAAAGAGCAGCAAGAGAACAGAAACAGAUGAAGUCUGAUAAUGUUGCUCAAGAAGGUGAGACUGUUCAAAAUGAAGAAGAUGAAAGCGUUGCUGAGGAGAUUACUGAAGUUAAGCAUGUAGUUGAAGCAGUAAAGGUGGUUGAAGUCGAGAAGAUCAUCGAAGUUGAAAGGAUUGUAGAAGUCAUUAAGCCAUGCUCAAAGUGUCUUGAAUCUUGCAUAAAUUGUGCAGCCAAAGAUGAAAAGCUGGCUGAACUAGAGAAGAUGAAAGAGCAGUUGUUGUUCAAUCUUAACUAUGUGAAGGAAUCUUAUGACGUACAGGACUAUGCCGGAGCUUCCAGGAUUUACCCCAUAGUGGAAGGAAUGAAGACGUUUGAAGAAGAAAAGACUUCGGAAGAGAAGAAGUCUGAAACAAAAGAAGAUGAUGAAGAAAAUCAUCAGAAGCAGAAAAAGAGCAAGUGGUUCAGAAAGCAAACCAACAAAGAAUUUCUUGCAAAGAAGCAAGAAGAAAUGAUGGGGUCUAUUGAUCACCUUAUUGCAUAUAACACUACAAGUACUUUCAGUUGA